GCUACAAACAACCAAAUCCCUCCACCAAAACACUGUCACCAUCUCUUCCACAUUUUCAAUUUCUAGAAAUAAAAAUCAGUUCUUUACAGUUCCGAUUUUGGCAUGUUGCAGAAGUGAAUUUGAUCGUUCCCCCUUUUUCCCCAACAGCUAAGCAAGUGGAAUUCCACUCAGAUUCUUUAUUAUUUUAUGCUCCCACCAAUUCAUAGGGGCAAAUGAUGAAGACUUCGAACUGUCCUCUUCGUUUUGCUUUGACUAUUUCACCGCUCAUUUAAUUAAUUUCUGCAACAUGUUUCAAUUUAAUUAUCACUUUCUGCAUUAAUUUAUGAGGUUGACUUGCUCUGAAGUUAUCAAGAGAUGCUUAUGCCAAAUAGUUGAUUGUUGGAUUUGUUGUGUGGAUUAUCAGAAAGAGAAAAAUGGCUUAUGCUGCUUUGAUUUCUCUUAAACAUACUAUCAACCGCCUGCUGUAUUCUUCUGCCAUUUCGAUUGUUUCCCCUGGUUUAGGAAUGAUAAGAUCUGCCUACCGUGAAUUGCGCUUCUUGGAAGGAGUUGUGAAAAGAUUAGAUAGCAGAAGCAGCAUUGGGAGAGAGAAUGGUGGUGAUGAUGAAGAAGAUGUGGAGAGAAGGAUCAGAGAGGCAGUGUUCAAACUAGAGGAUGCACUCGAAUUCUAUGCAUCAGAUCAAUUUGAAAGCCGCGGAGAUGAAGGUUGCCCUUUGAUGCUCUCCCUAGACUCGGAGGCAGUGCAUCUGGAGAUGGAAUCCUUCACUGAAAUGGUCAAGAUUGUGAAGAAUUACAGUGAAGAAUUCGUCUCCCACGAAGAGGAUGAGUAUGCUGCAGCUGCUUCAGAGGUAGUUAAGUCAGAGAUGGUUGGAUUAGCUGAUGAACUCAGGAGAAUCAGGAGCUCUCUCACAACUUGGAUGACGGAUCAGCUCUGCGUUGCCUCGCUCGAGGGAAUGGCUGGCGUUGGUAAGACUACUCUUGCUAAAGAAGCUUUUGAUGAUCCAUUUGUUUGCCAAUAUUUUGAUAUACGUGUGUGGAUUAGCGUAGGCGAAAAAUAUCAGUUAAAAAGAAUCAUACUAAGCAUCCUAGCUCAAAUAGAUCUUUGCAUUGAUAGAGAUGUUAGGGAAGGAGAUGAGGAGUUGAUUGAGUGCUUGAAUGAGAGUUUGAAGGGUAGGAGGUAUCUCAUUGUGCUGGAUGAUGUGUGGGAUUUGGAGAUUCGCGAUUUUGUGAAUAAGGUUCUUCCAGAGGAGAGUAAUGGAAGCCGUGUCUUGCUAACGACUAGGCUGCACGAAGUAUCUAGAUCUCUAUCCUAUGUGACUUCGAUUCAUAGAGUGCGUUUCUUGAACAAAGAAGAAAGUUGGUCUCUUCUUCGUCACAAGGUUUUUGGUGAUGAGUGGUGUCCUCCUCCACUUGAGAGAGUUGGGAGGAGGAUUGCAGCCAUUUGUGAAGGCCUUCCUCUUGCAGUUGUGAUGGUUGCCGACAUCUUAUCCAGAGGGGAGAAGACUGUGAAGUAUUGGAACGAAGUGGCAGAAAGAAAGAAUUCAGUUUUCACGGAUGCGUAUGGUGAAAUGUAUGAGCUGCUGUAUCCAAGCUACAAGCAGUUACCUCAUCAUUUGAAAGUGUACUUCCUUUAUAUGGGAGUCUUCCCUGAAAAUCACCAUAUCUUGAUUUCUAAGCUUUUCCAACUGUGGGUUGCUGAGGGGUUUAUCAGCAUAUCUCAGGCAAAGAUAAACCAAAUCCUAACUGUGGAAUGGUUGGAAGAGCUUGUUUCAAGAAGUAUCAUCAUAAUCCCUCAGAGGGGGUCUAGUUACAAAUUCAAAACCUGCAAGCUCCAUUCUGCAUUUUGGCAUCUGUGUGUUAGAGAAUCUGAGAAGGCCAAGUUUCUCCACAUCAUCAACACUUACUCCCAUGGUUUCACAGAAGGUAUAGAAGAUCAGCGCCGGCUGUGCAUCCACAAUGGCAUCUUAUUCGGAAUCAAAGAGGUCCAUGACUCUAUGGCUUCUGCCUCAGCUUCGCGUUCCCUCCUAUGUACUGGCCCACCUCAUCCGUAUCCGGUUCCUGUGUGCUUUGAGCUGAGGCUGCUGAGGGUGCUCGAUGCUCUUGCAAUCCGUUUCUACGAGUUCCCAAUUGAAGCACUGAGAUUGGUUCAUCUGAGGUACCUUGCCCUCACUUGCAAUGGAGACCUCCCUGCAUCAAUAUCCCUGCUUCGGAGCAUCUGCUUCCUUAUAGUCCGUCGUCACUUGAGCUUGAAAUCACCCGGGGAGCCGCCUUAUCUACCAGAGGAGAUAUGGGAUAUGCAAGAACUGGUGCAUCUUCAGAUCAUGGGAGGCAACCUACCUAAUCCCAAUGGUGCUGUCUUGGAAAACCUCUUGACACUCUCAGACGUAAGCUCUCAGAGUUGCACGAAAGAGGUUCUUGAAGGCGUUCCUCGUCUAAGAAAGUUAGGAAUUCAGAUUGAGUUGGAGCCGGAUGCUGAUGCUGCUGAUCCAUUCUCCUGCUUUGAUCACAUCUCCCAUCUCUACUCUCUGAACUCCCUUAAAUGUGUUGUCGUGAAUCCGGAGCUGUCGUAUGAGAUUCCCACCCCAUCCCCUCUCCCGAGCUUCCCCAAACGCCUCAAAAAGCUGAGCUUGAGUGGCUGCGGAUAUCCGUGGGAAUGCUUGAGAGAAAUUGCUCUGAUGCCUAACCUCGAAGUGCUUAAACUGCGAUGCUACGCCUUUCAAGGGCCGGAGUGGGAGGUGCGCCGAGGGGAGUUCUUGAAGCUCAAGUUUCUGCUGCUCGAGGAUAGUGAUCUGGUGCGAUGGAGAGCUGAGGAUCCUUGCUUCCCUUGCCUUGACCGCGUCAUCCUUCGCCACUGCUACGGAUUGGAGGAGGUGCCGUGGCGACGCCUGACCUCCGUUCAAGAGGUUGAGCUAGUCGACUGCUAUCCCUCGGCACUGAAGCAAAUGCCGGAUUAUCAAAUGCAGCUAGGAAAUGUUGGUGUUCAUUCCUCAUGGGAAGAAUUACCCAGAUCAUGAAUGAUCCAUAUGGUGAUAUCACUAGCUUACGCUCUGACCCGAGUAGCAUGGGACACGUGGAAUCCCGUGUGAAUCAGCAAGGACCACCUUGCAAGGCUAAAUACUCCUGGGUGACCGAUAGCGAAGUAGUACCGUGAGGGAAGGGUGAAAAGAACCCCCAUCGGGGAGUGAAAUAGAACAUGAAACCGUAAGCUCCCAAGCAGUGGGAGGGGCCAGGGCUCUGACCGCGUGCCUGUUGAAGAAUGAGCCGGCGACUCAUAGGCAGUGGCUUGGUUAAGGGAAAGCUAGAAUCCUCUAUUUCAAACCUUGUUUUGAACAUCAUUUUAUCUAUGAAGUAAAAUGAUGCUCCACUUGAUUCUUCA